AUGUAUUUUCAGAUAAAGGCAAAUUACGAUCUCGCUUUACCUGACGUAGAUGAUGUAUUGUCAGAAGAUCCCGAUGUUGAGGACUUAGAUGACGAAGAAGAAGAGACUGAUAGUGAUGACAAUGAUGCAUAUUACUCUCCUAGAGAGAAAGAAGAAGAAACAUGGAAGGAGCUCCUUAAGCCCGAAUUCGUUCAGUCUAAAACUGGUGCUUCUGCAAUGUCGCCAAAGAUUGAGAAGUCUACACAAAUCAGAGCUUCAAUGGUUCUGCAGGCACAUGUUUUCGCAUAUUCAGAGGACACUGGUCCAAAAUCAGGUGACAAGAUUGGAAUUACUAAUCCAACAACUUCCCUGGAUCUGCAGCAUAUAUCAGGCAGCACUGGAAAGGGAAAAUUUAUGGGUUGCAUUGGUUCAUGUGGUCAGGUGGUGGUGAAGAUGAGACAGGGUCGGGACUUGUCAGAGACUGCUUUCGUACAGGGCUGUGUUGCAUCAAUCUUGUUGGAUGACAGUGCUACCGUAUCAAGUGAGAAGAGUGCAGUACCAAACAAGAACUCUGUAAUAGACGAGAUCAAAUCCAAACUGGAGGAGGAAAGUAUCAAACUCUGGGCUGCUGAGAUCAGCGCGAGCAGAAGCCUUGCCUUACAUUUCCCUUUGACACAGAGACUGAUAGACAAAGCAUAUAACUAA